AUGCGAGGGAAGCGUACGUUACGCUCUUCGAGCCAUAUAAACACUAGUCAGUUGAUAUUGAAGGAAGACAAGGAAAAUGAACACGAUACUGCCACGAUGUCACGCUUUUUAGGCAGAAGAGCGCAAUAUGGUAUAGACAACCCUUUCAUGAAUGCUUGGGUCACAUCGUUGACGCUGAUUGGCGACGUCUCCUCCCAAUCCAGAGCGGAAGAUGGGUAUGAUGCUUCCAGGGCGCUGUGCUUGAUCACCUUCCAAUGCUUGAGCGUUAUCGUUGACGAAGAUGCAUGCGUUCUGGACCAGGCCUUACAAAUGAUGAUACAUGAAUGCUUUGAUCUCGAGCUGAGAUUUUCUAGGGUGGAGUGGCAUAGAAGAACAGAACAAGUCCUUGAACGUACGUUGCUCGUGGAGGGCUUGGCUGGCAGGUGCAAUGGCCGCUGUGGUCUCCAUCAAGGUUCCUCUUCGCAUUCUUCAACUUUGUCACUAACAAGAUCUUUCAGCUCCUCCGACCCCCUCGCAAUGUCUCUUUGUACUGCUUGUAUGGAGAGUAGUCGCUUGACAGCAGCGGCUUUCUACGCAUCCCGACGACAAGAUUUGAAUGGCGCGCGAGAAAGGCACUCAAAAGCUCUGCAGGAAGACAUUUUCACCAUAUUUCGAGCUCGCAGGCAUGCGUCUGACACGUGUAUGCCCUUUUGCCAUUACUUGCAGGAUAAGACGUACGAUCUCGCUACACGACAGGAAGCGCUUCGUGAGCAAUGCCCUCAAUGCUUGUUUUACCUCCCAUUUAGACGCCGUCCAGCUUCGCAAUUGUCAACGAAUCACCAUCCGUAUCGGCCAAAAGCAAGCAAGCUGCACUGCGCGAAUAGUCAAAGAGCAAAUGCGACCAUGGACGCUCUCUUCCCCAGAGACAAGAAGUUACAACCUUUCUUUCCCAUGCCGCAUCCGGCCAUAAUGUCUUUGUUCUUUGCGAGGACAAUCCCACCACCGAACUUUGACCACACGAGGUCGCGCUGCUUGAGAUGGCUAGAGAGUUGUCGAGCUCGAUAUUACAGUGCCACAGUCAUGGAUCCCACUACCCGGUCUCGGUCUCAAUCAAGAGAUAGGUCUCGGGGUCCGGCCGGCGGCAUACUCCAAGAGACACCGUUCACAUACGACCCUAAAGAAGCUCGCAGUAGAUCACGAUCUCGACCGGCGAAGCGAAAAUUAUCAGCUCUUUCAAAGGCAUGGCGUUUAGCUGCGCAGAUUUUGAGUCUAGCAGUGCUCAUAUUCGCGGUAUUAGCAUACUGGAGCUACCAAUAUGUCCCACCAACACAGAAAGCAGAUCCGACAUGGGUUUUCAAGGCACCCAUCGGCUUACCACAUUACCAGGAAGUGGCAAAUGCUAGUUCAGAUGCUCUCAAGGAGUACCAUCUCGGAAACGACAUGAAGAACAUCAUGAAGAAUCUGGACGAAAUUGUCAACAGCACGGAAGCUUUCUCGAAAGGAGCAUUGAGCAAAGUUCUGCCUGUGGAGUAUGGAUAUCAAUUUCACGUCAUCAACACGACUUUUCCGUCUCCCUCUACCAAGGACAAGACUUACAAAAGCAAGCCAAAGCCCUCCAAACCCAAAUCCACCAGCCUACUAAAAGGCAUUCUCGACCUCUCAAAAAUCAACAAUACCCGCUGGGCCAACAAAAACAUCCAAACCCGACGCGAAAACCUAACCCACUCCACCUCCCAAAAUCUACACAACAUGUCUCAACUCCUCACAAAAGCCCGUCACUACUCUCCCACCCGCGAUCCCCUCCGAAUCUGGAAAGAAUACCUCACCUCACGCACCACAGCAUCCAAAGAAAUCUCUCACUCCGCCGAAACCCUCCUCCACCUCGCCAUGCACUUCAGCAUAACCUGGGACCAAUACAUCGCAACCCUCGCUUCCCACCGCGCCUGGGCAAACACAGUCUGUCGCAAACUCGAAACACGCCACAUCCUAAUCUUCUGGUCGCGACCGGCCUACUGUAGAAUUUCCGACGGGACAUGGUAUAAUUUUGAAAAAAUCGAUGAGAAAAUUCUUUUAUCGUUGGUGAGGUUGAAGGCUCCGUAUAUACGCGUUCAACUGGCGUAUAAGAGUUUGGCGAGACAUUUGGGGAAUGUGGAGGAGACGAUCGGGGAUGUGAGGAGGUUGGAGGAGUUUGGGGAGUUGGCGGAUCCUUUUACGAUGGUAGAGGUUCCGGAGGAUAUUGAAGGGUUUUUGGCGGAUCAGGCGGAGGUUGCGAUGGGGUUAAUUAAAAGGGUGGUUGAGGAGGAGAAGGGGUUUAAUCGGGAGGGUUGGAUGAGGAAUUAUGCGGGAGGGCCGCUAAUGGGAUAG